CAGCGUGUUGUAAUACGACCGACCCGCUGACGCGUAGUGCGAUUUUCUUAGUGCCAACGAAUAAUUUCAAACCCGUGCGUUUCGGCAAAAAACUCGCGAAAAUGGGCAAAACCGCCGCCAUAGGUAUAGAUUUGGGCACGACCUACUCCUGCGUAGGGGUGUGGCAGCACGGAAAAGUCGAGAUCAUCGCCAACGACCAGGGCAACAGGACUACGCCCAGCUAUGUGGCGUUCAACGAUACCGAGAGGCUGAUAGGGGAUGCCGCCAAAAGUCAGGUAGCCAUGAACCCCAAAAACACCGUGUUCGACGCCAAGCGUCUCAUCGGUCGAAAAUUCGACGACCCCAAGAUCCAAGAGGAUAUAAAGCACUGGCCCUUCGAGGUGAUAAGCGACGGGGGAAAACCGAAAAUCAGGGUCGAGUACAAAGGCGAGGUCAAAGUAUUCGCCCCGGAAGAAAUCAGUUCGAUGGUCUUGACCAAGAUGAGGGAGAUCGCCGAGACUUUCUUGGGCGGCAAAGUCACCGACGCGGUCAUCACCGUCCCCGCAUACUUCAACGACUCUCAACGUCAGGCGACCAAAGACGCGGGCGUCAUCGCCGGCGUCAACGUUCUUCGGAUCAUCAACGAGCCUACGGCCGCGGCCUUGGCCUACGGCCUCGACAAGAACCUCAAAGGAGAGAAAAACGUCCUGAUUUUCGACCUGGGCGGCGGCACCUUCGACGUCUCCAUCUUGUCCAUCGACGAAGGGUCGCUGUUCCAAGUCAAAUCGACCGCCGGCGACACCCACCUCGGAGGGGAAGACUUCGAUAACCGUUUGGUGAACCACUUCGUCGAGGAAUUCAAGCGCAAAUUCAAAAAAGAUCUCAGCACCAACACCAGGGCGUUGAGGAGGUUGAGGACCGCUUGCGAGCGCGCCAAGAGGACCUUGUCGUCGAGCACCGAGGCCAGCCUCGAGAUAGACGCCCUACACGACGGCGUGGACUUCUACUCCAAGAUAACCAGGGCCAGGUUCGAAGAGCUCUGCAUGGAUAUGUUCAGGUCGACCCUGCAGCCAGUGGAGAAAGCUUUGAACGAUGCCAAGCUGGACAAGUCGGCAAUCCACGACGUGGUGCUGGUCGGAGGAUCGACCAGGAUCCCGAAGAUCCAGAAGAUGCUGCAGGAUUUCUUCUGCGGCAAAACGCUGAACCUGUCCAUCAAUCCGGACGAGGCGGUGGCCUAUGGCGCCGCGGUCCAGGCGGCCAUUUUGAGCGGGGAUACGUCGUCGCAGAUUCAAGAUGUACUGCUGGUCGACGUCGCACCCUUGUCCCUGGGCAUCGAGACCGCUGGAGGGGUGAUGACCAAGAUCGUCGAGAGGAACUCGAGGAUCCCCUGCAAGCAGCAGCAGACGUUCACAACGUACUCCGAUAACCAGAAUGCCGUUACGAUACAGGUGUUCGAAGGCGAACGUGCCAUGACGAAGGACAACAACCUGCUGGGGACGUUCAACCUGACGGGGAUACCACCCGCGCCCCGUGGCGUGCCCAAAAUAGAAGUCACCUUCGAUUUGGACGCCAACGGUAUCCUGAACGUGUCCGCUAGAGACUCGAGCACCGGAAAAUCCGAGAAAAUCACCAUCACCAACGACAAAGGACGCUUGUCGAAGGCGGAGAUCGACAAGAUGCUGUCGGACGCUGAGAAAUACGCCGGCGAAGACAACGAACAACGGCAGAGGAUAACGGCAAGGAACCAGCUCGAAGGGUACAUCUUUAGCGCAAAACAGGCGGUUGAAAAUGCCGCUGCGGAUAAACUAACCGAAGACGACAAGAAGCUGGUUCAAGAUAAAUGCGCGACAGCUCUGGCAUGGUUGGACAGCAACCAGUUGGCGGAAAAGGACGAGUACGAGGACAAGCUGAAGGAGCUGCAGAAGGACUGUCAACCCGUGAUGAUGAAGCUUCAUCAGGGCGAUGCGAAGGGUGCCAAAGGCCCCACCGUCGAAGAAGUCGAUUGAUUCGGAAACAUUUACUUUUUUUUUGUAUUUAAAUUCAGCUGAAUUUCAUUCGUCAGUUGUGAAAUAAAGCUUUAAGUUUGACGCUGUCACUUUGACGAC